AUGUCAUUUCUUGGUUCUUCUUCAACUGCUGGUGCUGGUGCUGCUACUUCUUCUGCUGCUACUGGUCAAGAAUUAUUACAAGAUAUAUCUAUAAAUAAUCCUCCAGAUGAUUCAAUUGAAGAUUUAUCAUUUUCACCUCAACAAGAUUUAUUAUCAGUUUCAAGUUGGGAUAAAAAAGUUAGAAUAUAUGAAAUUGAUCCAAAUUCUGGUCUAAAUCAAGGAAGAGCUUUAUAUGAACAUGAUGGUCCAGUUUUUAGUUCUAGAUGGUCAAUUGAUGGUACAAAAGUUAUAAGCGGUGGUGCUGAUAAUCAAGUUAAAAUUUAUGAUAUUCAAUCUCAACAAUGUCAACAAAUUGGUAUUCACGAUAAUGCUGUAAAAUCUGUUAGAUUUGUUGAAGUUGGUAAUUCGAAUCAAUCUGUAGUAGCUAGUGGAUCAUUUGACAAAACUUUAAAAUAUUGGGAUUUAAGGUCACCACAACCUAUUUCAACUAUAAAUUUACCUGAAAGAGUUUAUUCAAUGGAUAGUUCACAAAAGCUUUUAGUCAUUGGUUGUGCUGAUAGACAUAUAAGUAUAAUUGAUUUAAAUAAUCCUCAACAAAUUUUUAAAUCUUCACAAAGUCCUUUAAAAUGGCAAACAAGAGUUAUUUCUUGCUAUCCACAAGCAAAUGGUUUUGCAAUUGGUUCAAUUGAAGGAAGAUGUGCUAUCCAAUAUAUUUCAGAUAAUGAACAAAAAAAAUUUGGAUUUUCAUUCAAAUGUCACAGAAAACAAGGAAAUUUAUCUAAUACAACUACAGCAAAACCAGUAACAGCAACUACUUCAACUUCAUCAAAUGAAUCUAAUGCAUAUGCUGUUAAUUGUAUUAGUUUUCAUCCAAUUUAUGGGACAUUUUCAACAGCUGGUUCUGAUGGUACUUUUUGCUUUUGGGAUAAGGAUGCAAAACAAAGAUUAAAAUCAUUUCCUGAAUUACCUGGUACUAUAUCGGCUACUGCUUUUAAUAAAAAUGGUACUAUUUUUGCUUAUGCUGUAAGUUAUGAUUGGUCAUUAGGUUAUAUGGGUAAUAAAUCAGAUUAUCCAAAUUUUAUAAAAUUACAUGCAACAAAAGAUAUAGAAAUAAAACAAAAGAAUAAAAGGUGA